UGAAGGCGGUGUGCGGAGUUGCUUUUCUCUGCACCUGCUGCUGUCUGCCGCCGCCCUCGCCGGGCUAUGGAGGUUACUACUCGGUCAGAUGUGGACUGCCCGCCGCCCCCGCCUCCACCCGCGGACGGACACGCGUCAUUCAGCGAUCGCCCCCAACCGCCCACUGUGGAGGCGUCAAUCGAGCCGGGGAUAUCCAGCGCCGUUUCAAUCAACACACACAGAUACACACAAAACACCACUUCAACAGCGGAGCAGAGGCAGCGAGGAAGGAGCGGCGCAGACUACAGAUCGAGUCUCACCCAGACGGUGCUGCCAGAAGGAUAUCUCAGCACCUCACGGUCAGCUUGAGCGCCGGUGUCUGGAGAGCAGUUUUAUCCGAGGAGGAGCUCUCGUAUAAAGAUCCGGUAGCGACAAUGUCUUUGCCGCGAACGCUGGGUGAACUCCAGCUGUACUGCCUGCUGCAGAGGGCCAACCUCUCGGUCUAUUACCAGAACUUUGUCCAGCAGGGAGGGGACGACGUGAGGCAACUCUGCGAGGCCGGAGAGGAGGAGUUCCUGGAGAUCAUGGCCCUGGUCGGCAUGGCGACCAAGCCUCUCCAUGUCCGGAGGAUGCAGAAGGCUCUCCGGGAGUGGGCGGCCAACCCCGCCGCCUUCAGCAGCCUCCCCCGGUUCAAACUGGCCGGCGCAUCGGCCCAGGAGCCAAAGAGGAAAGCAGUUAGUGGCAGCGGGGAUGCCUUCCCUGGAAGCAAACGUCUGCGGACCUUGAUCACAGCAGGUGCCGGCAGCACCAGCCCCAACUCGGGCAAGGAUCUCGCCGUGCUCUCGCCGGGGGCGGAGGAGGGGAGAGCGAACCAGGACGGCGGCCGCGCCCUCCCCAACAGCGGUGCCGAGGAAGAUGCGGAGCGCUCGGCGCUGAACGAGAAGCUGGCAAAUCCAGUGGGGAUGGAGCUCAGCGACCCCGCUGAGGGAGAGGAGGCGGGGGGCGGCGGGCGGUCUGACUCCAAGCGCGGAGGCAGCAAGCAGCCGGCGCACCACCAGCUGGCUAUCAAUGAGGUGGCCACUCGGUUUUGCAAGGAAGACAGCAGCCUGCUGCUGCGGAGAGCCAACCUCUUCUCACCGGCUCGGCUGGUGGCCCGAGAGUUCGCUUACAGGAAAACACGGUUAAGUUCGGAGGAAAUUGAUGACACCCCUGUGAAGAAUAUCAAACAUGAAAACCAGUUGGGCGCAGCCUCCGAGCGGACAUCGGUGGGGCAGAGUCAGGAAGAAUUUGUCAAACACCAAGACGUAGAUUCACUCGGGUACAGGCACACGACCAAGGAGGAUAAUGGUCCCCUGUCCAGGGAUGUUUUUGCUGGACAACCACAGAGCGCAGAAUGUCACUGGGGCUCGCCCUCAGGCAGUUUGGCAGACGCGGCAAAGAUCGCCAGCGCCCAGGGCACUGGGAACCGCCACAUCCUGGGGCAAACACAGCGUGACCGGGGGCUUCGAUUGGCUGAGCUGGUAUCGGAUGACCAGCGAAGCGGACAGCGGCCACACCGGCGGGAGAUCGCCCAGAAUGGAGCAGAAAGUCCGGAGAGUCGAUCAGCCUCCAAGAACACGGAGAAUGGACCUAGGGCGGCGAAAAAUGGACGACGUGUGAAAUAACGAAACCAAAGGAUGUAACAUCACCAAAAACUGGUAACAGAAGACAAGUGGCAACCGGAGGGUGAGACGAAUGAGGCUGAAUGCGACAU